CAAGUGGCUCAGAGUACGCUAACUUCUGUGAACGUGAACCAGGGUGUUUUGCGGGACGACUUUAAUCUCAGAGCGUUCGACGUCGCCAACAAACGCAGAGUGCGGAUUGUGCGGAAUCCGUACAACAACACCAUUUCUAUGACGAGCACGUUCUUGAAGAUGUUGAAUGGCAUUUCCUUCAAGGGGGUUUCUCUAACUCUGUACGAAGAGUGUGUGAAGCUAUUUUUCGAGGAGUGAAAACGAAUUUGAAAACGACUGUCCUAAUUAAAAACUACGUCAUUCUAGUCGUAGUUCUUGAAUUAAGAACUACUACUCUUGUUCAUCUCCCCUCACGAUGAACUGCUACUGCUGAAUGCUUACGACCUCUAGUACCCGAGCGAUCAUGCAGCUUCUAAUUCAUCCGAAGUUUUCGAGAUCGCAGAGGAUCCGUCUAGCUCAACCACGUUUCCUCAGGAUACGAGGCUUAGGCCAGAAGACAUCGCAGCUUCGGACGAAGACUCUGUUACGGGUGGUUUAUCACUAUCCCAUGUGGACUAUGCUGAGUGGCGCUCCCCUUGGUUUAAAGGGAAAAUCAGGGGGGCGCAGGGCGACCCAGUCGACCAGGGAUAGUGAAAAACUACCUCUAGCUCUGGCGUGACAACAGUACAGCAGGUGCCUCCUGGCUUCCCCACGUCAGAAUCAUGCUCCUCUAUGGAGAGCACAG